AUGAGGACCAAAUCUCUGAAUCUACUACGGACGGCGACAAGGUGUGGUGGUUCAGGGCCACGAGCAAUUUCGAACCGAACAGCUAAAUGCACUUCUCGAUGGUCUUCUACUUCUACAUCAAAUGGUCCGGAACGGCAAUGGUCGACGCCGCUUGCGAAGACGCUGGCUGAAGCUAUCACGACGACGGGCCCAAUUUCCGUAGCGGCGUAUAUGCGGCAAUGCCUUACUCACCCCGAAGGCGGUUAUUACACGAGACAGACGUCAAGCGGACAGGAUCAGUUUGGUACAAAAGGCGACUUUGUGACAUCACCAGAGAUCAGUCAAGUAUUUGGCGAGCUUAUUGGUAUAUGGCUGUAUGCGGAGUGGCUGGCUCAAGGAAAGAAAGAAAAGGUGCAGAUUAUUGAGGUUGGUCCAGGUCGAGGAACGUUAAUGGACGAUGUUCUAAGGACUAUAUCGAGCUUCAAGGCUUUUACUAGAAGCAUUGAAGCCAUUUAUCUUGUCGAAGCGUCACCUUACUUGCAGAAACAACAAGCAAAGUUGCUUUCCGGCACCGAGGAUCUGAAGAAGAGCAGCAUUGGAUUGACUGCACAAUGCAAAUAUAUGCCAGCCUGCAAGAUUGAGUGGUGCGAAGACAUACGGCUUGUACCAAAAGAGCAUACGGCAACCCCUUUCAUCCUCGCUCACGAGUUCUUCGACGCACUCCCGAUCCAUGUCUUCCAAAACAUUGCGCAGUCCUCAGUGCCAGCCUCAUCGACCAUCAUCACACCCACCGGUCCCAUAAAACCAAAGCAUGGAGUAACGACACCCAAGAACACCUGGCAUGAGCUGGUAGUAUCGCCAACCUCGCCGUAUUCCAACUUGAAUGCAGCUAGUUCUUCGUCGUCAAAUAAAGAAGAUGAGAAACUGGACUUUGAACUGACCGUUUCGAAGACACCAACGCCACACUCUUUGUAUUUGCCGAAACUGUCUGAUCGUUACAAGAAACUGGAGGAUACACCCGAUGCGAUCAUUGAGAUUUCGCCUGAAUCUUUUGCUUACGUAUCCGACUUUGCGGUACGGAUAGGUGGCGACAAUGCGAAGUCUCGCAACGUCUCAGCAUCUCAAAACUAUUCAGGGAAAAAUGCUGUCGAAGAGGAAAGCUUUGUAAAGACACAACCGUCUGGUGCAGCCUUGAUCUUGGACUACGGCCCUUUGGAUACUAUCCCAGCGAACACUCUCAGGGGCAUUCGCUCACAUACCACUGUCUCACCUUUUGCGUCACCAGGUCUGGUCGACCUUUCGGCUGAUGUGGACUUCCUCGCUCUCGCAGAUGCAGCUCUAGAUGCCUCUCCUGGGGUUGAGGUUCAUGGGCCCGUUGAACAGUCCUUCUUUUUGUCGACAAUGGGCAUCAAAGAGCGCGCCGAUCGCUUACUCAAGGCAGCGAAGGAUGAGGAUACAAGAAGACGCCUCGAAACAGGCUGGAAGCGUCUGGUCGACAGAGGGCCGAAUGGCAUGGGUAAAACCUACAAAGCCAUGGCCAUUGUGCCGUACAAGAAACAAGGUCCAGUCCGACGGCCGAUUGGGUUUGGCGGUGACAUCACUGCCUGA